AUGACCGAUUGCCACUCCAAGCCUUACGCCCUUGCUGCCACCUCUGCUUCGCAACCCCACAAAACUAGUGGCAAUCUCCAUCACGGCCCGGUGGCCAGCGUUGUCCCACCUCACUGCUCCAUUACCAGAACUUCCUUGCAACCGAAGGCCUUGUGGCCGAAUCUAGCCACCACCAUGGCGCCGCUGCCAUACAAGGUGGAGCUUCCCAUCACAACAAUCCCUCAACCACCGACUUUGGCUCGAUCUUGGAAUAACUUCAAUCAUUCCCUCAUUUGCUGCCGUGCUCAAAGUGCGCUCCCGGGUACACCUCUAAUGAAGCCCUAG